GUGUACACCAAAAGUACACCACAGGAUUUUUUGGUGAACAUCUUCCAGAUGGAAAACUUCAUAUUGUAUGAAGAAAUUGGAAGAGGAAGCAAAUCUGUGGUUUACAAGGGCAGGAGGAAAGGGAGUAUACAUUUUGUGGCAAUUAUCUGUAGCGAGAAAUCCAAGAGACCAGAAUUAACGAACCACGUACGACUUGCCCAUGAUAUUAAGCAUGAUAAUGUGGUCUCUUUCUAUGAGUGGUAUGAGACUAGUAAUCACCUCUGGCUGGUGGUGGAGCUGUGCACAGGAGGAACAUUGGAGGCAGUUAUUUCCCAGGAUGAAUGCUUAUCUGAUGAUGAUGUGCGAAAAUUCGCCAUGGACUUAAUUAAAGGUCUUAAGUACAUCCAUAACUCUGGCAUAGUGUUCUCUGACCUUACUCCUUCUAAGGUUUUAUUGGAUGGUCCAGGUACUCUGAAGUACUCUAAUUUCUGCCUCGCUAAAGCCCAAGGGGAGAACCUGGAGGAGUUUUUUGCUCUUGUAAUGUCAGAGGAGGGGGGAGACAGCAAAGAGAGUUCCACGUCUAGAAAAUAUAUUAAGAACCGAACCCAAGGAUCCCUGCUGUACUGUGCUCCAGAGGUGCUGAGAGGGGAGGCCACCAGCAUUUUCACUGAUCUAUGGGCUUUGGGCUGCAUCCUCUAUGAGAUGUUUACAGGAAAACCACCAUUCUUCUCUGAGACUUAUACUGAUCUGAUACAUCUAAUUUUACAUGAUGAUUGUCCACCGCUGGUGCAGAAAGGUCACACUUGUUCACAUCCAAGUCCAGAGUUUCAAAACCUGCUUCAGGGUCUGCUGCAGAAAGACCCUCUAAACAGGUUGAGCUGGGAACAAUUGUUGUUGCACCCUUUUUGGAGAGGAGCCUUUUCAGUGGAGACCUCUUUAGAGGGUGAUGCUGAAGAUUGCUCUCAUAGCUCUAGAGUACAGUUGUCAUCAGUGUCUUCUCAGGCAGCAUUGGAGGUCCAUAAAGUAGCAGUUGGAUCAGCUAACUCGAACCUCAGCAAGUCCUUCACAUUAGACAAUGUGACUGAGUUUAGACCCAAAUCUGUGUUGGACUCAGAUGCCAGAGAGUCUAUUUUCCUUCUGAGUUCAUGUCCAACUCCAAGAGCAAGCAGUACCGCUAAAGACACAGAAAGCUAUGAGGUCAAGACACAAGAUAGCAGUGGUUUGGAGGUUUUGCAGAGUGAUGGAUGUGCCUGCAUUAAAGAGCUCUUAUACACUGACUUGGACCUGAUUGUGACUCCCAUCAUGGACAACCCCAAGAUUCUGAAAACUGCUCCUGUCAGAUUUGACCCCAAAACCCUAUGUGUAUCAGCAUAUUCAGCUGAGCGUUUGGCAUGUCUAAGCUCAGAGGACUGGUCAGUGUUCCUGCAGCAGCUCUGUGUUGCUCUGGAGUCAGUGGACCGGGCCGGGUCUGGAGGCUCCAUGGCACCACGUGCUAAACUCAACCUGCUCUGCUAUCUGUGCUGUGUCUGUGCACACAGAGACACAGCAACUCGCAUUAUGCACUCCCAGCUGUUACCGGUGUUGAUCCAACAGCUGCGGCAGGCCCCUAACUGGGAUGUGAAGACCAAGGUGAUGAGGGUCAUUGGCCUUCUGGCCUCUCACUGCACAGACAUCGAAGACAAUGUUCCCAUCACAGAGGCAAUGUCUAUGUUCACGGAGCUUAUUCGGGAGAACUUCAGAAACAGCAAGCUGAAGCAAUGCCUUCUGCCACCACUAGGGGAGCUACUCUAUCUCGUUGCAACUCAGGAGGAGAAGAAAGAGCACCCAGGAGGAUUGUGGGUCGUUCCUGCUGCCGCCUACACCGUGUUAAUGAGGUGCCUUCGGGAAGGGGAAGAGCUGGUGGUGAACCAUAUGGCAGCAAAGAUCAUAGAGAAUGUCUGCAGCAGAGAGAGUCAGUGUGCUCAGGGCUUUAUCACAGCAGAGGUGGGACCUGCUCUCUGGUACCUGUUCACACACUCCACCGUUGAUGCAGUUAGGGUCAGCGCUAUGUCAGCUCUGUGCAGAAUAACCCGUCACUCAACAGGAGCAUUUCAGAGUGUAAUUGACAAAGUUGGACUGCCCAGCAUCCUCAGCUGCUUGGUGUCGGGCAUAAGCCGUGUACAGCAGCAUAUGCUCACCAUGUUCGCUGCCAUGCUGACCUCCGGGGCACACUUACACAGGCUAGUGCAGGACAGGGACUUUGUUGUGAAGAUAAUCCGUUCUCUGGAGAGUCCAUCCUCAGUCAUCCGGGCCAAGGCCUUCCUAGUCCUGCUACAGGUUCUCAUGAAUAAUAGGGAAAUGCUUCUCCUAUGCUGCAACUCCAGACUGGUGAUGUACAUUGAGAGAGACAUCCGAAAGGCCACGCCAGGGAAGGAGCAACAAAGCGGCAAUGAAUACCUGUCAAAAUGCCUAGCCCUAUUCAUCCGUCACACGGUGCGAGAGCUGCCAGCCAUCCUGGAUGACAUCCUGUCCUCAUUAGCAAGCAUUGUAGGAAGAAAGCACCCGUCCACCAUCCAGACUCGUCAGCUCAAACAAAGCCUCCCCAUGAUGGCUGUGGUGCUGCAUCUUCUUACCUCACAGAUCUUUCGGCCUCAGGUGGUGAAUGAAGAGUUUCUCAUUAAAUUUGGAGCACUGCUGAAUCACAUUACUUCAAUUGACUCUAAUGAGACCAGUUUGGGAAGUGCUGUAGGACAGGCAGCGUCAGAGGAACUGAUCCGGAGCACACUGUCUGCAGUGGAGGCAGUCUCCCAGCACCCAACCCUUCUGAGCCUCCACCACUGCACUGUUGUGGAUUCGAUCCUACCGCCGUUGGCAUCUUUGGCAUUCAGUAAGAAUGUGGAGUGGCGAAUCGUGAGUUUGCGGGUGCUGUCAGAGAUCACCUUGCUGUUGCUGAGCCAGGAAGCAGUGGAGGAAGGAGAGAGAGAAAAACAAGGAGCGUGGAAUAGAGAGAGCCACUCCUCAAACACACGCCUGCUCACUCUAAUUACAGAGGACCUUCUGCCACAGUAUGAGUCGCUGCUUUUGGAACAAGACCCAAUACCUGUCUAUGCUAUCAAACUGCUGGGGUCCCUCACUGAACACAGCACACUUGUAACCAGGCUUGUCAGAGAGAGUCGUCUACUCCCUGUCAUCUUUCAAGUCAUAGCGGAGCACCAGAACAACAUCCUUGGUGGAACCAUGCAGAUGGCCAUGGCUCUCCUUGCUAAUCUGAUUGGACAAAAGGACACAGACCUUCAACCAUUUUACCAGCAAGGUAUAAUAGAGCUGGUAUGUGGUGUGUUUGUGGAGGCUGCAGUGCUGUACAUAGAGAAAGAAGAGCGGUCUGGAGUGAAAAGCUGCAGCUCUCUGCUCCUCUCCAUACUGGACGUCAUCCACUGUCUUCUCAAACACCUCUCUGCUGUGGUCCGACUGGCUCUACAGUCUGACGGUGAUGGAGACACAGAAGCGGCAGAAGAGCUCCUACUUGUCAACAAGCCACUCACAGACCUCAACAAUCUCCUCAUUCAGAUGCUACCAUGUGGUGAUGAUGAGGUGUAUGAGGAGGCGAGCCAGUGUGUGUCAUUGCUGGCACAGCUGUAUGGAGGGGAUGGGGCUGACCCUCUGCACCCUGAAGAUCUGCUCAGCCUUGCACACACACUGCAGAUACACACCGAGCCCAGACAGCAAAGACUGUUGCUCCGUGUACUUAAACGUCUGCUACCAUGUGGUGAUGAUGAGGUGUAUGAGGAGGCGAGCCAGUGUGUGUCAUUGCUGGCACAGCUGUAUGGAGGGGAUGGGGCUGACCCUCUGCACCCUGAAGAUCUGCUCAGCCUUGCACACACACUGCAGAUACACACCGAGCCCAGACAGCAAAGACUGUUGCUCCGUGUACUUAAACGUCUGAUGGGUACAGUAGACAUUUCUUGCUGGAGUUCAGAAGAAGGUCAGAGCUUGGCACUCGUGCUCCAGAAACUGGCCCAUGAUAGCAGGUCCUACCCAGAUACCACAGUAAGGUCUCUAGCUGCUGAGAUUCUAAAAGGGUUUGGAUACUUUGAUGGAGCCAGGAUACUUUGAACCAGUAAAGCUUCUAAUACUUUUUAACUUUGUGAUGUUAGUAAUAAGGAUGUAUUUGUUCUGUUGAAUGUGUACAUUAAAAACAGUAGUAAUCUAUAUCCAUUGUGUGUGACGUGUGCCCAAAGGUUAAUACAAAUGUAAUACAAAAUCCCAGACUUGUACAUCUAGAGCUACACUCAAGGCAGCAGAUCCAAGUCAAAUUGUUAACUGUUAUGUACAAGCUGUUUACUUUGAAUAUCCCAUUUAAAAUUGUAAUGGUUAAAAACAUUAAAUGAGCUACAAGAAUUUAAUUAAAUGACCAGGUCCACAGUGGUAGUUUUUAAGGUAAUCUUAGGAAGUAUGCCAUUCAAUUCAUCGAUUUGUGAAAUUGCAGAUGACUGGUAAUUGUUCCAAUGUCAAGUGAAUUACACAAAUGUGUCUUGCUGGUUAUAAAAUCAGCUGCUACAGAAAAUAUUCCUGUAGACUACAUUUCUAAACCAAAAGCUUUAGCAUUGAGACUAAACAGAUACCCUGAAGCAAAACAUGAAUACAAGUUUAAUGUCCAUUAUUUUUAUUUAGCCAUGUCAUAAUCAUGUCUCCAAUAAACAGCAGGCUACAAUAAUUAGGGGUUCUUUUCAAAACCUUCUAUAGCUACCAUCAGAAAAAAGGAAGAAAAAUUAAAAAUAAAGAACUGGCCCCCUCUGAUUGCAGACCCCUUUGGAACAUCUGUGACACCAGAAACAGUGAUCUCAUUAAAGCAAGAAAGCCGAUAUUUGGACCAUUUCUCCCAUUCUUGGUUUUAUACAAAAGCUACACAAUAUUACACUUGAUCAGAAUACAAUUCAACUGAUUAGUGUUCUACACCAUAAACUUGAUAAAAUCUUAAUUGAUGGAGCAUUACCACUAUAAUUUAACACUAUGAGAGAUUUGAAAAGAAUACAAAUUACUGCAAAAUAAAGGACAAGUAUCAAAGCAAGCUAGAUAAGUACCAUUAUACUGAAGAAUAAAAAAAUAAAAAUUAAAAUGUAAAAAGAAAUUUCAGGCAAGGAUAAGGUUGAAAAUUCCAAUAUAUGAUCCACCUCUUGAGCUUUCUUUGAGUCAGCUACCCCACCGAAACUCCUUUGCGGUUAAAACUCCGACCAACAAGGACCACAACAAAAAGUUUUACUUGCUCGUGUUCCCAUAGGAAACUCAGCUUGUAUUAGUGUGUCAGGCACUUCCAGAGAAACUAGCCCACUUUCUUGAGACCGCUUAGCAACUUUACAGGCCAAAUCACAAUGCAGAUUCAUUCGGAUCAGACGGUACAGCU